AUGAUCGAUGAAAGUACAGAUAUUGCUAUGAAUAAGCAUAUUGAUAUAUAUGUAAUGUAUCCAAAUAUUUCUAGAAAUGUGAAAACACAUUUUUUACAAUUAUUAGCACUUGAUCAAAGCGAUGCAACAACAAUAACUACUAAAUUAAUUCGGCUAUUUCAAAGUUAUAAUAUUAUUGACAAAUUAGUAGCUUUUGCUUCAGAUGGUGCAUCUGUAAUGAUUGGAUGUAAAAAUGGUAUUGCGCAAAAAUUAUCACAAAUUUGUCUGUAUAUUGUCUACAAUCAUUGUAUAGCACAUUGUUUAGCAUUAGCUUGCAAAGAUUCACAAAAGCAAAUUGAUUAUUUCAAUAAUACCAAAACUAUUAUAAGAGACGUAUACAAAUAUUAUAAAAAUUCUGCAAAACAAGUUCAUAUUCUUCAAGAAUAUCAACAAAUUCUUGAUUGUCCUAAGCUACAUUUAAAAAAAUUAAAAGACAUACGAUGGCUUGGCUGGUAUGAUGCUGUAAAAAAUUUUGUUAAAACAUUACCAGCUGUUCUUUUACAACUUCAACAUGACAAUAAUAAG